UCCCACAUAAACCGGAGCGAGUUCAUCGUACGUGGAUAUUCUGAAAGUAUUUCAAUCAACCUGAAUGCGAGACUAGGCGAAUCUUGCGUGCAGAUGGAGAAGCGCGAGUACAAUUUUUUGGAAGAUAUCCUGUGACAAGAUCGUUUGAAUAACUUGGUCAAAUCAUCAUCAGUAGAAAUUGAAGAUAACCUCAAAAGCAAGUUGACAGAAGAUUAACGAAAAGAAAGGGGAAGAAUCGAAGAAAUUUAAGUGUUUAUGGUAUUACAUAUGAGGGAACUUUUGUCACGACCAUCUUGAGCCUCGCUUGUUAAUUAAUUUUUAUAUCUGUAGGUAAUAAAUCAUGUCCGAUGAUGAAGAUUACAUGUCUGAUAAAUUUCUCCUUGCUACCGAACAACACUGCACUCCAAUUCUCGCUCGUCGUCGCGCAGAUCAACGGGAAUUAGAUCUUUUAAAAAAGAAGGCAGAGAUUGAAGCUCGAUUAAAGGAAAAAAAUGUGUCUGUACGGGUCAUAGAACAGGAAACGAGAGAUAAAGGACUAGCAUCUGCCAUCACUAGUGACAAUAAAGGUUUCAAAUUAUUGGAGAAAAUGGGAUACACACCUGGGCAAGGAAUCGGAAAAAAGGAGAGUGGAAUAUGCGAGCCAAUUUCGAUUGAUCUGAAGACAAAUAGGCUGGGCUUAGGCAGAGCACCGAAGAAAAAACCGUCGGCAACCAAAAAUGGGAAGAAGAAAGAAGAUAAUUUUAACGCCAAUGAUUUUCGAGGAAGAAUUUCACAGAGAAAAACCGAGCAGAUGAUAGAGGUUGAUUUACGUAGAAGUCAAAACAGCUGCGAGCAGCUAGAUAAUCAAAAUAAUAUUGACAAACCUGUAGAAAUUUGGUACUGGCCGAUAGUGGAAGAAGAGAAAAAAGACUCUGAAAACAACGAAUCAGUGGAAUCAAGUGAAGAGGAUGAAGAUGAAAAUGAAGAUGAUCACAACAGGAUACCAGCUAGUGAAAAAUUAGAAAUUUUAACCAAAUACCUAAGAGAUCAAUAUUUUUAUUGCAUAUGGUGCGGGGCAGCAUAUGACGAUGUAGAUGAUUUGAAAGAUAAUUGUCCAGGAAAUACACGGGAUGAUCAUUGAAUGCUGAAAUUAAUUUAUCUAAUGGACUAAUCACAUCAUAUCUAGGCCAAUAUUUGGCGCUUGUAAUACUGUCAAUUUUUUUACGGAAAAAAUAAACAAAAUAGAACCAAACUAUUUUAGUGUUUCGUAUCGUUUGAAUUUUUUCUGGAAUUUACCGACAAAUAAUAUUUGAAGAAAACAAAUUAAUUAGGGGAAUUUUUGGCAGACUGCAUCCUAAACAGAAGAUAAUUGAUAAUGUGUUGAUGGAUAAUUACGUUCUUUGAAGAACAGGUAUUAAUAAUAUCAUAAGAAGUUGACAAUAAAAAUGAUGGAUUUUA